AUGAAUUACAUAGAGAGGAACAAAAUAGAGACGAUCUAUAAGGACGACUACACAGACUUCACCAGACUUAGCGAUUUUGAAAUUUUCACAAAAGACAUCCUAGUGAGUUUAAAAAAACUCAACAUUCUGGAGACCAAGAGGAAGUAUGAAAAAAAGUACGCAUUUGCUAACGCUGAGCAGAGGGACAAACCACUGGCCCCUCUUUCUCUAUUCAUCACGGUAGACGACACGUGUAAUUUUUUAAAAAAAUUGAUCAUAAAAAAGGAUUACUGUAUAAAAUUAAAUUAUAUUUACUACCCUCAUAAUAAAUGCCAAAAUGUGAUCCCCUUUAAUGGGAAUGAAAACUCGUACCUUUACAAGAAGAAUGUGAAUACGGUGAACUCGUUUUAUUGUUUGCAUGGGAAUCUGAAUUGCUCCGAGACUGUGCUUUUCCCCGCGAGGACCUUUCCCAUACAGCGUUUUUUUUUCGUGAAUGAAUACGUCGAACUCGAAAUCCUAGACAGGGGAGUCCCGGAGGAAGAGCAGUACAUCAUCAUAGAGAGCCUCUCCGUCAGUAACUUAAUGUUAAACGCGUUGAAGCAAGCCCACAGUGAGUUGGAGAUUUCUCUACCCACGUUCGUCGCGGUUGACAAGAAUUACUACAUAUAUCAUGGACACUUCUACACCAGUGACUAUACCUACUUUAAGUGCGUGCACCCGUACAGAACGGUGCACCGUGGGGGCUCCUGGGCGGGAAGCGGCACGACCAGCGUAACUGCCAAUGGGGAUGUCAGUGCAACUGUCAAUGGGACUGCCAACGGGACUACCUGCGCAACUACCGCCGCAACUACCGCCGCACCUUCCAACGGGGUAGCCACCCCGCCCUGCGUUGUACCCGAGAAGGCCAACUACAUCUCUGUGUACAAAGGCGCAGGGUUCGAAGUGAACUACAACUCCUUCAAAUUCUUCAACUAUUUUAAGUGCUUCUCCUACGACCAACUGGUGGCUCUCUUCUCGCUCUUCAUUUAUUUGUCCAAUGUGAGGGGAAAAAAUAUUUACAAAAUAAAUGUUUACAUAAAAAAUAUAUACCUGAUUGAUAAGCCGCAGUGCAGCCACGUGCUGAGGGCGAUAAACCUGAGGAACAGACAGUUCACCGUUUUGAAGAGGCUGAUCAGGGGAAAAAAAGGAAGGGCAGACAUAGCAGAAAUCUCACAAAUCGCACAAAUCGCACAAAUCGCAGGAAGAGAAAGGAAGAAGGAGAACCAAACAUAUAGGAGUAUUAAACAAAUCUACAUUUUUAAAAACAUGUACAGAAGGGACUCCUACGACAAAGAUAUUUUCCCGCACAUGUACCUAAACCAUAUUUAUAAUUAUAUCAGGAGAAAGAAAUUUUAUCGACGAAGAAUAUUUCUUUGUUCCCUUGAGAAGGAGAGGAAUGGCUCCCUCGUCAGCAGAGGCGAUAAUAGUGACGGAACCCCACCCAGGUGGUGCACUCUUAAUCGCACAGGAGAAGAGGAACGAAGAAUAGCUAUUCGUAACUAUCUGUUCAGCAUGAAAAAUGACCUUUUUGGAAAACCAAGUUAUUACCAAUUUAGCGAUUUGAGAAAAGUAAAAUUAGUGGAUGCCUUGUCUGACGAUGCGAGGGUGGAAGAUGAGGGGGAGAAGCAGGAGAAGGAGGAAGAGGAGGAUGAAGAUGACGAAGGGGACAAUAAUGAGAAGACCCCUCCGGAUUAUUCCGAUUCAUCUCUGCUGUUUUACCCCUGCCCAUCUGUCACUCAAAAUAGCAGUUACCAGUCAAAUGGCGAAAAUGGGAAAUCCAGAAGGAAAUCCACCUUCGAAGAAAUCAAUCGGCUGUACUAUAACUUGAGGAGCCAUAAGAACUUCCCCAAGAGUGAGCGCAGUCCGUUUGUCUCCAUUUAUGUCUUAAAUUUUAUCAACAAUAUGGAGUAUAAGAUAUUGGGUGGGAUGGCCAAUGUGAGCGGCGGGGUGGUGAAUGACAGGAGGAAAAGAAAGCAACAAGUCACGAAUGUUUGGAAAAUCAGAUUCAUCAACAACGAUAAGUACAAAGGAAAAAACAGCUUCCUCUUAAAGAACAUACUUAGGCUGUACUACAACGAAUUACUGGAGUUAAAGAAAAAAAGGAAUGACAUCAGCAAGGAGGGCUGCAAUGAGGGAAGCAACGAGGGGGGUAACGAGGGGGGCAACCAGGCCAGCAACCAGGAGAGCAACCACAGCAGCAACGAUAUAAUAACCUCAGUGCAGCAUUAUCUGAUGGAGUUCAUGCCACUUAAAAACAAGGACUGGGUUAGGGACAGGGAAAUUUCUACCUACAGUUGCUUCAACAUAGAGGAGGAUUCUACAAGGUACUACAUCGACAAAAUUCUUAAUAACAUGUUUAGUAGUAACAAGAGGAAGGUGUAUGAGUGGCCUCGGGAUCGGGGGGCUACAAGGAAACUGCGGCCAAGGAGGAACGCCCACAAUGAGUGCUUCGGUGCCGAGGAGGCGCAGAGCAGCCGCGGGAGCAACUCGAAUAAUGACGCGGGGGGGAUCAGCCAGAGCGGUGAUCCAAGUCAGAAUGGUAACCCAAGUCAGAGUGGUGACCCAAGUCGGAGCCCCAUCGGGGGUGCCAAGCACAGACCCGCCGGGGGAAACCUCUUCGUAAGCAAAAUUGACGGAGAGUUGUUCCUGCAGAACACCAAUAUAGGUUAUCACAGCCUGUACCAGAAAGAUGCCAAGGAGGUGCACUUCAUUUUAAAGAAGGGAGACAACUUCCCCAAGAGAAGGAGGGGCUUCCUCAUGUAUGAGAGAAAGGGCAGGCAAGGGAGAGACCCCCGGUGUGGCGUGCGGAAAAGGGUGAAAAUGAAGGGGCAACAAAGGGGGGACAGCGAUGGAGGCGGCGAGAGUGGUCACUGCAGCCAUAAUGGUGAGAGUGACGGGAGUGGCCGGAGUGGACGUCGGAAUCGGCCCCAGAGCAGCGAAACCAAGCUAGAACAACUCGUGAGGGAUUUCCUAAAAAUUAAGGAAAAGUACUUCCUCUGCCACCACGAGGAGAGGAUAACCAUUUUGUUUUUUUACCUCAUCAGUCACUCCAGCAACUUAAAAACAUUUUACUACAUAUGGAACCAGUUCUUCGAUAACAUACGAAAUAAAUACGAGAACAAUGAAUACAUUUUUAACGAUAGUAUGUUCCUGUCUUAUGGUCCCCUGAAUGUUUAUUCUUACAGCUGCUCUAUCCUCUCGCAGUAUAUAAAGGCGCUAAACAUCUCCACUCAGCAAUUUAAGAUUAACGAAAUGAAGAAUCAUAUGAAAUUGAAGAAGACGCUAAGUAUCUUCUGCAACGAUAGCGAUAAUGCUUUGGGGAAGGACAGCUCCAACCAGGGGAGCGUUUCAAACCAUGGGAGCCUUUCCAAUAUAAAUGAGAAUGAACCUUUUGUAAGCAUCUCUCAGAGUAAGAGCAGCAAUAGUUUGAGCGGUUUUUUUAAGAAAAGUACAUUUGAGGAAAAUGUGUUUUAUUCCUGUGAAAUGAAUGACAGCAGUAGUGUAUCCAAUCGGAAGUUCAACGGGGUGGGUAAUGAAAACAGCUCUCCCAAUUUGGAAGUGGAGCACACAAAUGGGAGCACGGACUCGAUUGCGCGUAUUGGCUCUGAGGAGAGAGGAGAUGCGAACAUCGGCGCGGGUAGCGACGAGAACGUAGGCUCUAUCUCCAACCCGAGCAACAACAUCAGUAACAAUCCCAGUAACACCCCCAGUAACAGCAUUAGUAACAACCCUGAUGACAUCCUCAGUAACAACACGGGUGGCAUCUUCAGUAACAACACGGGUGGCAUCUUCAGUAACAACACGGGUGACAUCCCCGAUAACAACCGGAACGACAACACCGCAAAUCUGAACACCAACAAAUCGCCAAAGCGCAGCAGUGACAACCCAGGAACAGAAAAAAAAAAGGCGAACAAAAAAAGUAGCGUCAUUAUAUCGAAUUUUUUCCCCUACCCAUUAAACAAUAUGGAGUUGUUCAUAACGAAGAACAACGGAGGAACGAAGGAAGUGAAUGACCAGGAUGAUAUGAUUACCCUCAUACAUGAGAUCUUAAGAGGCAACAAUAAGGAUAGCUACACCUAUGCCGAUUUUACGAGAUGGUAUAGGAAUAAUGUAGGCAAAUUUAGCUACACCUCCCAAAAUGUACUAAAAUACUGCUACAGGAGCAUAAAGGAUAGCUAUUUUGUCAAUGUAGAUGUGGGCUAUAUAAAGGAGAAAUACUACCUAAAGAAGAUGUUUCAUUACGUAAAGAAUAACUAUGAUUAUAUAAAAAAAAUAAAAUGCCCAUUUAAUACCUUCUUCGUGGGGGAGCUUAACCUCGACAAUCUCCUAAAUUUAAAUAUCAUUGAUUUGCUGGACUGUGCGUUUAAGGUGUUUUUCAUUUCGUAUUUAAACUCUGUGAUGAAUUCUAAGUUGAUUUAUAUUCGGAAGAUUCAGGACAUUCUGGCGAGAAUGUUUACCAUUAUAAAAGGUAUCCACAAGAGGGCGAAAAGGAGGAGUAAGAAGAAGGGGAAGGGAAACCGCGGCGGGGAAGGCAGUCGCGAUGGUGCGAGAAGCGGUCGUGAUGGUGAUAAAGAGGGUCACGAUCGUGACAGCGUUGUAGAGAAACCCACGAGGAGUCAACACAGUGUGUCUGAAUUGGAUAAGGAUACACGAGGAAAAGACCACCCUUGUGAUGGCAGCCUUCCCAAUUCGACUUCUAAAGAUGGUGAUGGAAGCCGUCCCAAUUCGAAGAGGGACCACAUACACCUUUGCCCCGUUGCAGCCAAUCCGCGUAACAGCGCUAACCUAGCGCAGCACCGGACCAGUAGCGAUGAAAACUUGCCUUCUCUUCCGAGGGAUGAUAACGAGGGAGGAAAAACCCCACCCCCGGGUGAUAGCAAAGGAAACAAUGAAGGACGCUGCCGUGUUGUGGCUUCUAACCGAAACAGUGCGAACCACUCAGCGGAUACUCCGUCAAGGGGUAAUAAUCCCCCCCCUCCCCAUGUUAAGUCACAAGAAAAUAUGAACGACUCGGAAAGAAACAGCAGCGACAAUGUAGACAUCUGCUACGGUAGCGAAAAGAAGACAGGAUAUAAAAACAGCUUCAACAUUAACAAGGAGGAAAAUUAUUUUAAAAAUUACUCUGUCGAUUCUGAGAGAAGAAGAAAAAAAAAUACAUACAGCGAUAGUAACUUUUCCAAGGAGAUUAAAAGGACAUGCAGAAAAAGAUACCAAAUUAUUUUUAACCAGAAAUUAUUUCUCUUAUUCGAAACAUGUGAGCAAAUGUUUAACAAAGCAGCAUGGCUGUAUCAGAUUUUUAAUAACAGUGUGAAGGAAAAAAGGAUCUUCACUUUGAUAAAUACCAUCCUGGAAUCGGAAGAAAAAGAGAUUGCUAUCGAUCCCAAGGACCAGAAAUAUUUUUACGACUUUAUUAAAAACCUUUGCCUAAAUGAGAACAACAAGAAUAGGCCGUUUGAUAAGAAGUGGAGCGGGAGCGGCCGCUCGAAGUUUCACAAAAUAAACAAAUCCAUUUCGUCGAAAAAUUUAAAUAAAACGUUCAAAUCGGCAAGGGACAGAAGCGAAAGGAGCGAAAAAGGCGAGAAAAGCGAAAGAACCGAGCCAACCGAACGGGGCGCAAAAAAUGACAACACCCCCAGCAGUGCAAACAACCCCGUGAUUAAUAACCCCUAUCAAAAUUUGGGAGUCUCUGUGAAGGUAAAGAAGAAUGAUUCACAACCUCACCAAACGGCGAGUCACGAAAAAAAUAUGCUCAACAAAGACAAGCUGUCCCUCCUCCUGCAUUCCUACAAUAAGGAACAGAAUAUUCAGGAAUGCAUUAUUGACUACGUCGACCAUAGCUUUGGUGACCCCCUCUACAACACCCCCGCGCGCAUGUAUUGCAGCGUGAAUCCGGUUGACACGACGGUUUCGUUUGUUAAGACGACUUCCAUUUUGUGA